GACAUAUUAGUAUUUUUCACAUCAUAACAUUGUAAAUAUUUAUAUUAUAGGAAAUGAGAUAUGUGGAGCGAAGUUAUGCAUCAAAACCCACUUUGAAUGAAGUGGUCAUAGCAAGUGCUACAAGAACACCCAUUGGAUCCUUUCUAGGCAGCCUUUCCUCUCUGCCAGCCCCUAAGCUGGGUUCCAUUGCAAUUCAGGGAGCCAUUGAAAAGGCCGGGAUACCAAAAGAAGAAGUGAAAGAAGCGUACAUGGGUAAUGUUCUCCAAGGAGGUGAAGGACAAGCCCCUACGCGGCAAGCAGUGCUGGGUGCAGGCUUACCUAUUUCUACUCCAUGCACUACUAUAAACAAAGUUUGUGCCUCAGGAAUGAAAGCCAUCAUGAUGGCCUCUCAGAAUCUUAUGUGUGGACAUCAGGAUGUGAUGGUGGCAGGCGGAAUGGAGAGCAUGUCCAAUGUUCCCUACGUCAUGAGCAGAGGAGCAACACCGUACGGUGGGAUAAAGCUUGAAGAUUUGAUUGUAAAAGAUGGGCUAACUGAUGUCUACAAUAAAAUUCAUAUGGGUAACUGUGCUGAGAAUACUGCAAAAAAGAUGAAUAUUUCACGAGAUGAACAGGAUACUUAUGCUAUUAACUCCUACACCAGAAGUAAAGCAGCAUGGGAAGCUGGAAAAUUUGGAAAAGAAGUUAUUCCCGUCACAAUUUCAGUAAAAGGUAAACCAGAUGUAGUGGUGAAAGAAGAUGAAGAAUAUAAACGUGUUGAUUUUAGCAAAGUUCCAAAGCUGAAGACAGUUUUCCAAAAAGAAAAUGGCACAGUCACAGCUGCCAACGCCAGCACACUGAAUGACGGAGCAGCCGCUGUGGUUCUGAUGACUGCAGAUGCAGCCAAGAGACUCAAUGUGAAACCGCUGGCAAGAAUAGCAGCAUUUGCCGAUGCUGCUGUAGAACCUAUUGAUUUUCCAAUUGCACCUGCAUUUGCUGUACCUAAGGUUCUUAAAGAUGCAGGAUUGAAAAAAGAUGAUGUUGCAAUGUGGGAAGUAAAUGAAGCCUUUAGUCUGGUUGUACUGGCAAACAUUAAAAUGCUGGAGAUUGACCCUCAAAAAGUGAAUAUCAAUGGAGGAGCUGUUUCUCUGGGACAUCCAAUUGGGAUGUCUGGAGCCAGGAUUGUCACUCAUUUGGUUCAUGCCUUGAAGCAAGGAGAAUACGGUCUGGCCAGUAUUUGCAAUGGAGGAGGAGGUGCUUCUGCCAUACUGAUCCAGAAGCUGUAAGACAACCUCUGUAACCCUUGGGUCAGCUUAUACUCCAACUGUUUCAUUUUUUAUUAUUUUCUAUUUUAACUUUUUCUAAAUAAGA